ACCACACUUCUCUGAAUGUUGUCUUUUACAGGAUAUUGACCAUUACUUCCCAGUUCCCAAUGACAAAACUAAUUACCCAGCGCCACACCCAUCCGCUGAUCUGGUUGGCAGCCAUAUUCUGCACUGUGGUGGCCAUCGCAGUAAUAAUUGCAGGUGUUGUCAUAUUCGUGGGCUACUUAGCCAUCCGGCCCAAGCUCCCCUACAUCAGCAUCACAUAUGCCCAUCUAGACAGACUAGACUACGACCAGACUGGGCAAUUCAGUACCCAGAUCACCCUCGAGAUCACUGCUACUGACGAGAACACCAAGGCCCACGCAAGGUUCUCUGCUCUCAACUUCCUUCUCCGCUUCCAUCAGGUGGCCAUAGCUGAGUUGAGAGCAGAAGAAUUCGACGUGGUCAAGAACAGCACACUCAAGCUUGAAUAUGUUAUACAGUCUUCAUCGAUCCCAUUAGAACCGAGGGCUCAGGACGAGAUGGAAACUUCAUUGAGGCAGGACAAAAUAUCGUUUCAACUGAAAGGGGAAACAAGGACCAGAUGGAACGUUGGACCUGUUCGCUCAGUCAAAUUCUGGACGCACUUGUCCUGCCAACUCGAUUUUAUCCCUUCCAAUGGAAGCAGCAUAAGCCCACUUUGCAGCUCCAAAGGUCAUUGAUUCAUUUGGAUACGGCUAUCGUCUGUAAAUGGUUAAUCUUUCUUCUUCUUAUUUUUUAUUUUAUUUUUUUCUCUAGUGUUCUUACUACCUUUUCAAACUAGGAAUGGAGGUUAUACAAAGUUUAGGCGCCAUUUGGA